AUGAAGCUCGAAAUCAAGCGACACUCGCAGACUCGUUCUGACCGAGUCAAGGGAAUCGAUUUCCACCCCACUGAGCCAUGGUUACUCACCACUCUGUACUCGGGAGUGGCCCAGAUCUGGAACUACGAGACACAGACGGUGGUCAAGAGCAUCGAGGUGGCAGAUGUUCCUCUUCGAGCCGGUCGGUUCAUUGCCCGAAAAAACUGGAUCAUUGUUGGCUCCGACGACUUUAUUGUGCGAGUCUUCAACUACAACACUGGAGCCAAGGAGGCCCAGUUUGAGGCCCACCCCGACUACAUCCGUGUCAUCACCGUUCAUCCCACCCUGCCCUACGUGCUGACCGCCGGCGACGACAUGUCCAUCCGGCUGUGGAACUGGGACACAAACUGGACCAUGGAGCGACAGUACCUGGGCCACAGCCACUACAUCAUGUACGUGGCCUUCAACCCCAAGGACACAAACACAUUUGCCUCCGCAUGUCUGGAUCGAACCGUCAAGGUGUGGUCUCUGUCGGGCGCCUCCACCGUGUCGCGGCCCAACUUCACCCUCGAGGCCCAUGCCACCGCCGGCGUCAACUUCGUCGAAUACUAUCCCGGUGCUGACAAGCCCUACCUCAUCACAUCUUCGGACGAUAAGACCGUCAAGGUGUGGGACUACCAGACCAAGGCCUGCGUCGCCACCAUGGAGGGCCACACUAACAACGUGUCCUUCGCUGUCUUCCAUCCCGAUCUGCCCGUCAUCAUCUCUGGUGCCGAGGACAAUACCGUCAAGGUGUGGAACGCUAACACCUACCAGCUCGAGCAGACCCUCAACUACAGCUAUGAGCGAGCCUGGUGUGUGGGUGUCAAGCGAGGCUCCAACCUCGUGGCUGUCGGUUUUGAUGCCGGCGCGGUUGUCCUCCGUCUUGGUAAGGAGGACCCUGCCAUCUCUCUGGACAGCUCUGGAAAGCUGGUGUGGAGCAAGCACGGAGAAGUCUAUUCCGCUCAGGUUAAGGGCGAGGACGCCAAGGACGGCGAAUCCCUUGCUCUGGUGCCCAAGGAGCUGGGAUCCGUCGAGGUUUUCCCCACCUUCCUGCGACACUCCCCCAACGGCCGAUUUGUGGCUGUUGUUGGUGACGGUGAGUACAUCAUCUACACCGCUCUGGCAUGGCGAAACAAGGCUUACGGCUCCGGUCUGGACUUUGUUUGGGCCCAGGACUCCAGCGAGUACGCUGUGCUUGAGUCCCCCAGCUCCGUGCGAGUCUACAAGAACUUCAAGGAGCGGCCAUUGGGCCAUGUAGACCCCAAUUUUUCCGUUGAGGGCAUCUUCGGUGGUACCCUGCUCGGUGUGAAGGGUCAUGGCUUUGUCGCCAUGUACUCGUGGGAGACUGGCCAGCUGGUGCGACGAAUUGACGUGGAGGGUGUCACCGGCGUGCACUGGUCUGACUCUGGCGAGCUGGUCGCCAUCACCUCGGCCGACGCCUUCUACGUUCUGCGAUACAACAAGGACGCGGUUGAUGAGGCCGAGAACGUGGACGAGGACGGUGUGGAGGAGUCGUUUGAGCUGCUGCACGAAAUUUCCGACUCCGUUCGGUCCGGAGAGUGGCUGCUCGACUGCUUCGUCUACACCUCGUCCGUCAACCGACUCAACUACCUGGUUGGCGGCGUCACAUACACAGUCGCACAUUUCGAUAAGGCCAAGUACCUGCUUGGCUUUGUGUCCAAGGACUCGCGUAUCUACCUGUGUGACAAGGAUGUCAAUGUGUCGUCGUACCGAUUGUCUGUGCCUCUCGUUGAAUACCAGACUGUUGUUCUGCGAGGCGACGUCGAGCUUGCGCAGUCGGACUUCCUCCCUGCAAUCCCUGAGGAGGAGCUGUCUAAGGUGGCCAAGUUCCUGGAGGCCCAGGGCUUCAAGGAGCUUGCUUUGGAGGUGAGCACCGACGACGAGCACAAGUUUGAUCUUGCCCUUGCACUUAACGACCUGUCCGUGGCCUCUGAGAUUGCUGAGCGAUCGCCUCAAGACCACCGAUGGAAGCUGCUUGGAGACGCUGCCACUGCCGCCUGGAACUUCGACCUGGCCGAGAAGUGUUUCAAGUCUUCUUCCAUCGCCGAGGUCGAGUCUCUGCUGCUGCUGUACUCGGCCACCGGAAACCGAGCCGGCAUGGAGUGGGUGGCUGACAAGGCUGCCGAUGCUGGCAAGUACAACGUUGCCUUCAACGCCCUGUGGUCCAUCGGUGCCGUGAAGCAGUGUGUUGAUCUGCUUAACAAGACUGGUCGACACUCGGAGGCUGCUCUCGUUGCUCUGUCGUACGGAAAGGGUAACGUGGAGAAGUCUGUAGGUCAGUGGAAGGCUUCCCUGGUCGCCAACGGUAAGGACAAGAUUGCCGAGUCCAUUUCUUCCCCCAGUGAAGAACCCGACAAGUUCCCUCAGGGCAACCUGAUUGAUUUUGAGGAGAAGCCCGCUGAGAAGGCUGCCGAACCCAAGCUGGGAGCUCCUGUCGAGAUCAAGGAGGACGGCAAGGUCGAGGCCGUGACUAACGUGCAACCCGAGAAGCCCAACCCCGCGGCUGUGGAUGAGUUAUCCGAGACCGAGGCUGAGGCUGAGGUUGAGGUUGAGGUCAAGAUGCAGGAGGAGGUUGAUGAGGCUGCCAACACCUUGUAA